AUGGAUGAGGAAGAGGCUAGCAAUCAUGAAAAAUCCCACUCCUACAGUCAACCCUCACAACAAGACUCAAACCUGGACGAGAAAUACCCAAACCGUCCUCACAACCACUCCCAGACAUUGCCAUUUCACGAGCUCUUUGAGACCCUGUUUAAUCCUUUGAGUGAGCUCUCCAAGAAGCCCACAGGAUCUGCCGUUCCUCGGCGAAAAGUCGGGCCUCAUGGCCAGUCGGCAGCAAACCUUACUCCACACGAAAAACGACGGGAUGUCAUUGAGCGGUUCAUUUCACGAUGGCGGAAAGAAGUGGGCGAUGAUAUCUAUCCUGCCUUCCGGCUCAUUCUUCCGGACAAAGACCGUGACCGCGCCAUGUACGGUAUCAAAGAAAAGGCCAUCGGUAAGUUACUGGUCAAAAUCAUGAAGAUCGACAAGAACUCCGAGGACGGCUUCAAUCUUUUGAACUGGAAGCUGCCAGGGCAAUUGGCUACCUCGCGCUUUAUGGCGGGGGACUUUGCCAGACGCUGCUACGAUGUUAUCUCAAAACGGCCUAUGAGGACGGAGGUGGGCAAUAUGUCGAUCGAGGAGGUGAACGACAAGCUCGACCAGCUUUCAAAUGCCUCCAAGGAGGACCAACAGCUGCCCAUCCUGUCAGAGUUCUACCGAAGAAUGAACCCCGAGGAGAUGCUGUGGCUGAUCCGCAUUAUUCUUCGGCAAAUGAAAGUCGGGGCUACAGAGCGAACGUUAUUCAAUGUAUGGCACCCAGAUGCUGCAAAUCUCUAUAGCAUAUCCAGUAGUCUUCGACGUGUUUGCUGGGAGCUGCAUGAUCCAAACAUCCGACUGGGGGCUGAAAACAGUGGCAUUUCUCUGAUGCAAUGCUUUCAGCCCCAACUAGCUCAGUUUCAAAUGCAGUCCUUUGAUCGAAUGAUUGCCCGGAUGCGGGGUACAGAAGAAGACCCUGUAUUCUGGAUUGAGGAGAAACUCGACGGGGAGCGUAUGCAGCUUCAUAUGCAGUCUGACAGCUCGGUGCCAGGAGGAAGGAGGUUUCGCUUCUGGUCGAGGAAAGCGAAAGAUUACACCUACCUCUAUGGAAAGAGCCUCGAGGACCCCAAUGGUGCCUUGGCCAGACAUCUCAAAGACGCCUUUGCAGACGGUGUCAACAGUUUGAUUCUGGACGGUGAAAUGAUUGCUUGGAAUCCUGAGCAGGGCGCCCCUGAACCAUUUGGCACAUUGAAGACCGCCGCAUUAGCCGAACAGAGAAACCCGUUCUCGAAUGGGUCACGGCCGCUUUUUCGUGUUUUUGAUCUACUCUUCUUGAACGGGCACGAUCUGACCAGGUACACUCUUCGCGAUCGUCGAAAUGCUCUGCAGAAAAGUGUAAAGUCGGUCCACCGUCGGUUCGAAGUCCAUCCUUACGAGGAAGCUAUAGAUAAGACCCAGAUUGAAGCGGCGCUUCGAAGAGUUGUUGCGGAGGCUUCAGAGGGACUAGUGCUCAAAAACCCGAGAUCCCCCUAUCGCCUCAAUGAACGACAUGACGACUGGAUGAAAGUGAAGCCUGAAUACAUGACAGAGUUUGGGGAGUCCCUGGAUCUGAUAGUUAUAGGCGGCUACUAUGGCAGUGGUCACCGAGGAGGGGGUCUUGCAAGUUUUCUGUGUGGAUUGAGGGUCGAUAAUGCUAGCUCUUCGCAAGGGAACACGUCCACCAAAUGCUAUUCUUUCUGCAAGGUCGGGGGAGGCUUUACGGCAGCAGACUAUGCAAACAUCCGUCAUCAUACUGAUGGCAAAUGGAUGGACUGGAACCCCAAAAAUCCGCCAACGGCAUACAUUGAGCUGGCGGGUGGCAAUGCACAGCACGAGCGUCCAGAUCAGUGGAUCAAACCAGAGGAUUCGGUGGUCCUCUGUGUUAAAGCAGCAUCAGUAUCGAUCAGUGACCAAUUUCGGGUCGGUCUGACAUUGCGCUUUCCGCGGUUUAAGAGGUUACGCAUGGAUAAGGACUGGAAGAGCGCGCUUUCCAUGCAAGAGUUCCUGGAUCUGAAGUCAAACGUGGAGCAAGAGCAAAAGGAGAAGGAAUUCAGUGUUGAGAACUUCCGCAAAAAACGGGUGAAGCGACCAAAGAAAGAAUUGACGGUUGCAGGAUACAGCCCUAGUGCGGAGGUGAAGUAUGAAGGGCCGUCAGGGCAUAUUUUCGACGGGUUCAACUUCUUUAUUUUAACCGACUCGGUAGCCCCAAUCAAGAAAUCGAAGGCGGAGUUGGAACAACUUGUCAAAUUGAAUGGAGGCAAGAUAUAUCAGACAAACAAGGCCGCUCCCAACACCGUAUGUAUCGCGGACCGAAGAACUGUGAAGGCAGCUUCUCUGCAAAAGAAUGGCGAUGUGAGCAUCAUCCGACCAUCUUGGAUCUUAGACUGUGUGAGGCAGAAUGAGAUUGAUGCGGGCCUGCCAGACUUGCUUCUUCCCCUGGAACCUCGGCACAUGUUUUUCACUACGCCCAGUAAGGAGGAGGAGGUAUUGACGAGUGUCGACCAAUUUAAUGACAGCUACGCUCGGGAUGUCACCAGGGAAGAGCUGGUCAGUUUGCUUGAUAAGAUGAGCGCGGACAAGGGUAGUUCCGAUGUGCCCCCGAGAGGCGAAGCUACCAAGAAGCUUAGAGAAGUUAUCCAAGAGAGAGUGGACGCAGGAUGGGAUCUCCCAUGCGGGUGGCUUUUUCAAAACUUGACGUUCUUCUUUCCCGACCAGACAACGCAGGUUCCAGACGCCGGGAAUUCGGAACAUCCCUGCUGCGGCUAUCGACUAUCUUUGGCUCGAAAUACAGCCAGAUUUGCAGGUGCCACUGUUGUCAAUGAUUGUGAGGACCCCUCCAUCACCCAUGUGGUUGUAGAUCCGGAUACACCAUCCACAGAGAUCGCCACGCUAAGGAAGACUUUGUCUGCCCGAGCAGAUCAGAAGCUCCCUCACAUAGUUACCACGGAGUGGAUCAAGGAAAGCUGGGAGCAGCAGUCACUGCUCGAUGAAGAUAGGUAUCAUCCAAGGCCUGCUUGA